AUGGUUGAUACAUUGGCUCAUACACGUUUAUUACAAGAACAAUUAAAUCAAGCACGAGCUGAACGCCAACAACAACAGCAUCAGCAACAUAGAAGAUAUCAGCAACAACAUCAAUCAAAUGCUGUUGUUCAGUCGAUCAACGGUGUAUCAGCUGAUCAACUGGAAAAUGAUACACAUCUAAUUCGGCCUUCAGAUAACCGGGCAGGUUUACUUAGUUCAAGUAAACCAAAAACAGACCUAUCUAUCCGAAAUGAUUCGAACAGAUUAAUUCGACCUACAACACCUCCUUGUCCGUCGUCGGAUCCUGAAGAUGAUUCUGGUAUUCUACCACAAUCUUACGAUAAAAAACUACUACAUUUAUCAAAAAAGAAUAAACCUGUAAAUAGAACUAGUUCAAAACAUUUAGACUCCAAACCUUUGGAUGUGGCAUUUCGUGAUUCGAUUGCUGCUUAUCAAGGUUCUCGUAAACAUCAUAUUUAUGACUCACAACCAAUACAUAGUUUUAAUAGAGAAGAAACAAGUCAUCCAGAUGGAUUUUUACCGUCAGAUAAUUCUUCGUCAUAUUCCGAUCGACAGCAUAAUAUCAAUCAUCAUAUGAGCAACAAUGAUCAAGUUAAUCAAUUCCGAGAACCUACUACCAAUCGAUUGAUUGCAUCAGAAUAUGAAAAUUCGGAAGAUUGGAAUAUUUCAUCAGGUCAACGAGUUCGUAAUAAAUAUAGUCGUCUUGAUUCGUACGAUGAUCGUGUUGCUCCUCAUCAUUCACAUUCUCAUCAUCAUCACCACCAUCAUCAUCAUCAUAAUCGACCUGCUUUCACUGAAUCACAUAAACUUAACAUGUCCGACAAUGAACCUGAACACUCAGAUCAAUUUGUUGAUGAGUAUGCUUCAGACUCACCUAUUCUAAGUCCUAUUCGUCGACGUUUCGACGACAGCCUAUUUCAUAAUGCAUCAGUAUCACCAGCUGAAUCUGAUUUAAAACAUCGUGAACGUCGUAGAAAACAUCUUGGUUUGCCUACAUUAAAAUUAGAUCAUGUUGGAAUUUUAUCACACACAGUAUUUAUUGGUCAUUUACAUAAACAAUUAGCUGAAAGUAAAUUAACCACACUAUGUUCCGACGUAACUGAAGGUCAAGUAGUUGAAUGCAAUUUUAUACCACCACGUGGUUGUGCAUUUGUUACAUUUGCCACUAGACGUGCUGCACAUCGUGCUGUCAUUCAAAUGGAUCAAUCUACAAUGAGUGGUAGAGAAAUUAAAGUAGCUUGGGCACCAAAUCUUGGUAUUAAAUCCCGUGAAGAUUAUCUUCACAAUUAUUGGGAUAUUGAUGAAGGUUGUACUUAUAUACCAAUAGAAGAAGUUUUAAAAUUAACACGUUCACAAUUUGAUGAUCUUUUAGCUGGUUAUGGUGAAAUUGAUGAAGAAUCUCUUACUGAUCCUCGACUUAGAGGUUUAAUUAUGAAUAGUCAUAAUGAUACUAAUGAUAUUAUUGAUGAUAACAAUAAUACUAAUACUCCUACUACUACUAAAACACAAUCGAUCAAUUCUCCUAAUGUAAAAUUUGUGAAAAAACCACAAACCACACCGACUUCACAAAAAUCUACACCGAACACUUCAUCAAAUUUAUCCAUAUCCACUUAUUCUUCUGUUCUUGUACCACCGCCGUCUAUUCCAAUUGGAUUAACUCGUUCUAUGCCAUCAAUGCAAUCUAUAAUUCCUAGAUCAGUUCCAUUAAUGUUACCUUUAGUAUCGGCAUCAGUUCCACGUAUGUCAGUCCCAACACAACCGUUAUAUUUCCAACAGAACAAUGCUUCUUCUACUUCUCGAGCACCUCCACCUCCACCGCCGCCCCCACCACCUCCCCCACCGCCACCACCUCCGCCACCUCCUCCCCCUCCUCCACCACCACCAGCAUCUACACAAUCGUCAAACACUCCUCCACCUUCUGUCACUAUUAUAUCAUCCCAAGCUCAUUCAAUAGCCAACUCAACUGGAUAUCAAUGGAAUCCUGCGAUUAAUGCAAAUCACAAUCAACCUUCUGUAAAUCAGCAGUUAAUGCAACAAAAUCUAAGGCCGGAAUUUUCAACUCCAAAUGUUGCCGGGUUUAGACCAUACAAUAGGCCACCAUUAUUGCCAAACGCACUUCUUCCGCCUAAUCAAAAUAGACUUCAACAACAACAACAACAACCACAACCUUAUAUGAAUGCACUAAAUCAACAGAAUCGAUUUCCUAGAAAUAUGUCAUUUGUACCAGGUAUAAAUAACAAUAAUAACAAUAAUAUUAGUAAUACUAAUCAAUCAGCAUUACCUCGUCCUCCUAAUACAAUGCUUCCUCCACAUUCAUCUUCUUGGUCAGACAUACGGUUUUCUGAAUCAUCAUCAAAUUCAAAUAUACCUGCUGGUAAUUUCAUGCAACAAUCAAAUCUUCCUCGUAUUCCAUCUAAUUCAUCAUCUUCAUUAAGUUCAUAUGAAAUGCAAAUGACUGAAAAAUCAUUUAUGCCGCCACAUUCAUCUGGUCCAAUGUUCAAUUGUCAUCCAACUGGAUUAUUAGGUCAGCAAAUGCAACAAAAUUUACCACUACCACAUCAACAACAACAACAACUCCAACGACCUCAUCAUCAAUUACAAUUGGAGUCUGGAUUUCGUCCAAUGGGAUCUGGAUUACCGUUGAAUAAUUGUAGAAUGCCAAUGAAUAAUGAUAAUGUUCUCGGUGGUAUGAAUACUGGUGCCAUCAGUGCUGCUGGUGGUGCUGUUAUGCGUAUGCAAUGGUCUGCUAAUAAUAAUAACAAUAAUAAUUUCAAUAACCAAACAACGAAUAUGCCACCGAUAUCUUCUUGCACUCCCAAUGCGUUUAUGCUUAAUUCAGGACAAAUGAAACCAUUUAAUCGACCAAUGUUUCCACCUCGUGUUGUUGUCGGUGGUGGCACUGGUGUUGUUGCUCCACCACUUCCUCUACUUCCUCCCAGUGGUGGUGAUGGUCUACCAUUUCGAUAUCGAAAUUUUCCUCCUAGAGGUGGUUUUCCUGGACGAUGA